UUUGAAUUUUCCACCACAUCGUCGUACAUCGUACAUAUAUCGAACGAAAUAAACAGGCACACAGAGCGGAAAUUGUGGGAGAAUAAAUACAUACUUAAAGUGAUCAUAAAAACAAAUUGGGAAUAAACUUAAAGCAAAGUGCUUGGGGAAGUAUACUUAAAACAGGCAAAAUGUUGGGAAAGUUUACUAAUUGUGAUCAAGUGAUAAAUAGCUAGAACACACGGAAGCCACUACAAAUUCGCGAAAAGUGCAGUGCAAGUGCAGGCAAACACAAACAAUUCGCCGGGUUCCGGGCCAAGAUCCCAGUUCCACGCGGAUUCGGAAUCGGAAUCGGGAGUACAUCGAGGGAAAUUUUUAAGUGCAAAUAAAAACAAUGACGACAGCCAAAUGGAUUUGGCGCUUGGCGCUCAGCAUCUUCUUGGUCGUUGGCUUCGUGGACGCGGACAAGCCCCAGGGUUUCCACCGUGAAAUAUGUCAGUAUCGCAAGGGCAAGCAUAUCCAGCCCAUGAGCGUUUAUCACACCCGCCUGCUUGCGGUUCGCGAACAAAUGCUGAUCCGCGCCUCUCUGCAGGGGCCCGAGAUUUAUGGCUACCUGCUGCCCACCAUGGACGAGCACCUUAACCAGGAGGUGGCAGCUAGGGAUCAGCGGUUGCGUUACCUCUCCGGCUACACAGGUGUCCGGGCCGUGGCGGCCAUCACGCACCAUGGCGCAGCCAUUUGGCUAGAGAAACGCUAUGUCCAGCAGGCGGAUGGGGAGCUGGAGUGUGACUGGGAGAUUUACCUGGCCAACGGCAAUGUCACCGUGGCCGACUGGUUGGGCAGUCACGUUCACCUGGAUAAGCGUGUUGGCGCCGAUCCUCAUUUGGUGCCCCAUGCUCUGUGGAUUGAGUGGGAACGCCAGCUGGAGGAUAAGUUCCUCAAACUAGCCAAGAUCAACAACAAUCUGGUGGAUCUCAUUUGGACAGAUCGUCCAGAGACGCCUAAGAACCAGGUAAUACAGGUGCAGGCCAAAGAGUAUGCAGGCGAGAACUGGCAAGACAAGGUGAAGGAGCUGAGGAAACGACUGGCCGAGCUGGCCUGCGAUGCCAUGGUGAUCACUUCUCUAACCGAAGUUGCCUAUCUGCUGAACAUUCGCGGCACCGACAUUCCCUACACACCUGUCGUGAAGUCAUAUGCCAUUGUCAGCCAGGAUGACAUAUUCUUCUAUGUUGAUCACCACAAGAUCAGUCUGGGGAUUGACCUCCACCUACGCACUGAUUGCUACAAUGAGGAUUGCGUUAAGAUCAAGGAGUACAAUCAGAUCUGGAGCGAUAUUCGAACCUAUGCCCAAAUAUGGAAGCGUGUGCUUGUUUCGGCUCCCUGUGUCCAAGAUCUGGGCGCCUCGGAGGCCAUAUAUUCAUCCAUGCCUGGCAAGAUCGUCGUCUGGCACAUCUCACCGAUCAUCUUUAUGCGGGCCCAGAAGAAUUCCGAUGAGCAGGCUGGCAUGCGGAGGGCACACAUCCGUGACGGAGCCGCCAUCUGUGAGGCCAUGAGCAAUAUGGAGACACGCUUCCACACGGAACAGUGGACCGAGGAGAAGAUCAAGUACGAGGUGGAGCUGUGGCGUCUCUCGCAAAACCAUGCCAAGGGCCUGUCCCUGCGCACCGUGGUGGCCUACGGCGAGCACUCUGCCUUGCCUUACUACAUCUCCAGCAAUGUGACCAAUAUCGAGGUCUCCGAUCAGAGUCUCCUGAUCAUUGAGUCGGGUGGCCAGUAUCUGGAGGGCACCACGGACGUGUCACGUACAUUUAUCUUUGGCCAACCCACACAGGAGAUGAAGAAGGCGUACACUAAUGUAUUGGCGGGAAUUCUACACUUGGCGCAACUCAAGUUUCCAUCAGACCUGAAACCCUCCGAGGUGGACGCCCUGGUGCGUAGUAUGGUGUGGAAGGAUAUGACUGACUAUCCGCAGGCCACAGGUCAUGGUAUUGGCGCCUAUGGAGCCGUCGAAGAGCCUCCGAUAUCCGUGGCCUAUGGCAGGAAUAGCAGCUUCCACUUUAAGCAGGGUUACUUCUUCUCCAGCGAGUCCGGCUACUACAAGCGCGAUGACUUUGGAGUGCGUCUAAAGAACGUGCUGGAGGUGGUGGACACGGGGCACACACAUCCCAGCGGAGCACACUUCCUUGCAUUCCAGGACGUCACCAUGGUGCCGUAUGAGCCCAAACUGAUCGACAGCACACUCCUUAGUGCCGCGGAGAAGCGGCUCCUCAACGAGUAUAAUGCCAGGAUCCGAAACGACAUUGGCGACGAGCUGAAGAGGCUGGGCAACAUGCGUGCCUUCUACUGGAUGAUGAACAAGACGCGACACAUACGGGAAUACCUGCCGGAGGACGAGUACCGCUCAGCGACUGGCGGCGGCAGUGGAGGCCAUACCACGGUGCCUCUCCUCAUCCUGGGCCUGACUAUCGUUCUGGCCUCGAUCUUUCCCACGCGAUCGUAGUAGAUCCUUAGCGUAACGAUCUGUCUGUAAUUAUGUAGUCUUAGUUAGCUAUGCAAAUUAAACAAAAAGAAAGAGAGAAACCGGGACUAACAACAAAGUGAACCAAUCGAGCAACCACAGCAACUGUUAGUAUUUUAGUUAUGGAUUGAGUUAAAAUGGAGUAAAGUCGCACCCUGCCACACCGAGUUCCCUUCCUGUUUCCGCGGGAACUGGUCUUAACUUGAACCAAAUAUGUACGUAAACCGCAAGUGUAUAAAAUCUCUAAUCGUAAUCGACCAAAAAUAUGUUAAACUGUUUACAAUUAAUACGAACAAUGUCUGUAUACUUAAGGAAUAACAUUGUAUAGUUUUUUUAAAUGUGAUUAAAUAAAAUAUAAAAACAAA